UUGAUAUGUCUUGAAUUUUAAAUAACAGAUGUAAAUAAUUUUUGCAAUGUUUUGAAAGGUUGAAAAACAAUUUUAAUGCGCUCCUUCCGAUUCUGUCUAGGUUUUGCGUUGUUAAGUCAUUGGUUUUAUAAAGUUCUAGACCGUAAUUUAAUGUUGGUACUAUCAAGACGACUAUCAAAAAAUCUUCGAAAUGAAUGUUUACAUUCUUGUAAAUGAUUAGCACGCUUAAUCAUAGAGAAACAAAUUCCAUUCAAGAUAACGAAGUAUGUAGGCAUCUUUUUUAUACAGUAGCGACUGGUAAUAAUGUCACUAUUUUCACCGUUUUAUGUGCAAUUAACAUUUUAUUUAUACUUAUAUCAAAUGUUGCCGUUGCAUUCGGGUUAAUAUAUUCAAAAGGAAAAAAGAGUUACACGAGAAACGAAAAACUAGUAUUUUUAUUAUCUUGUAGUGAUGUCUUAGUUGCACUGAUACACGAACCAUUACAAAUAAUAUUGGUAAAAAAUCUUAAAACACUUGGUUGCGCACUUAUUUCUGCCAGAGGAUUUUGGCACGUUUUUUUAUUGUUAUUCUCUGGAUCUAUUGUACUCUUAAUAUCUAUAGAACAAUAUAUUGCUGUCUUCUACAAUAACCGAAUAUGGGGCUUUUAUGUUAAAGAAAUUUAUUUGGUUUCUGGUAUCGUAUUCUAUUUUAUUGCAUCGAUGAUGUUUAGUCUUUGGUAUGCAAUUGAUAUUGUUAGAUCAACAAACGUUUAUCGUAUGUCUAUUUUCUUUUUCAGCGUUGCAACUUACACAACAUUUAUAUUGACUGCAGUGAUAAUAGUUAAUACAACAUUGCUUAGAAGCACUUUAAAAAGGUUGGGUGAAUGCAAUAUUCGAGUUCAUAAAAAGAACCAAAUAGAAAGACGUCUAACGGUAACUAUUAUGUUUAUUUCAAUAACUCUAGUUGUAACGUAUGCUCCAUCAGUAAUUACGAACUUCUAUACCGCCAUAAUUGCAUCAAAAGAUAAUAAAUCCGAUUUGCAAAACGUAAUAAAACCCUUUAUGUGGACACUCUUUGUAUGUGAGUUGAACUCUGCCUUCAAUGCUUUGAUAUAUAUUGGCCGAAACAAAAAAAUUAAAAAAAUGUAUGCUCUUCUCUUUAACCAAAUCGUAAAAUGCAAAAAAAGAAAACAAUGAUUAAAUGUAAUAACAUAACAUAAUUGCCUAAACAAGUUUAUGCUUCAAGUUGUUUUAUAAA